AACCUCACUCAUCCUUUUCCUCCCCUACAACCAGCAGUACUGAGAAAGCAAACACUACAAAACCUUGCAAGAAUUGCUUUCUGCAACCCUACUAAGCCAUUCUUUUCUUCUUUUUGUUCCAAUUGAUCUUGAUUGUAUGUGUAUCUGACGACUUGAUUGAUUUCUUCGAUGUGCACGCAUUCUUUCAGGAGCAAACGCACAUCCCAGAAAGCCAUAAUCCUAAACCCAGCUGAACUUUCAAUUUCACGACUGAGGUAGCUAUGUCAUUGAGCCCUCCUCGUGUCCGUAACAAUGGCAGUCCGACGACCAACCCGCUCUACUGGUGCUACCAUUGCCACCUUGGGGUCAGGAUUGCCUCCACCAACCCGUCCGAGAUCAUUUGCCCACGUUGUGCCGGGCAGUUCGUCUGUGAGAUUGACGUCGCCCGGCCAAGGCUCGUAGUCGAUUUCACCGAUUACGAUCCCUCCCCCGAAGCACGUCUACUCGAGGCCCUCGCUCUCAUGCUUGACCCGCCGAUAAGGCUCUUCAGUAAUACGGAAACUGAAUCUCGACGCCGUCCUUGGUUCUGGCGGCGAAACCGUCGUUUAGUAGAAGAUCGUCGGGACCCAGAAGCGGAAAGCAUAACCAGUCCUCAAAUUAGAAGGUGGCCGCGAUUUGACGGGAGAGAGACUCCGGGCCGGGAACCUGGCAUUCUAGGACGGCCUCGGACUUGGAUUGUUGUUAGGCCUUUGGAUCCUUCUGGCCCUUUCAGACCCAUUCACCAACCGGAACUUCCAGUUGCUCUGGGAGUUGAUCCUAGAAAUCAUCUUUUCGGGUCAGGCCGGCUAAACGAAUUGAUCGAGCAACUGACUCAAAACGAUAGGCCAGGGCCUUCUCCGGCGCCCGAAUCAGCAAUUAACGCGAUACCAACCGUGCAAAUCACGAAGGAUCAUUUGAUCAAUGACUCAAACUGCCCUGUCUGCAAGGAGGAGUUCAAGGUUGGUGGGGAAGCAAGGGAAUUGCCCUGCAAGCACAUAUACCACUCCGAUUGCAUUGUUCCUUGGCUGCAGCUUCACAAUUCCUGUCCCGUUUGCCGGAACGAGCUGCCGGCGCCUGUUGAAGACAAUAUUAAUGACCGAGAAAGUAGCAUUGAGUCUGAGGAUUCUCAUGCAGAAGGGGGCAGGAGACGCUGGCGGCGGCGCUUGAGGUGGAGACAGUUGGCCAAUUUCUGGCCUUUCAAUGCGAGAUACCGCCGUACAAACCAACAUGGCAAUGUCGAUUCUUCUCGAAGGGUUUUGGGUUGAUUUGAUUUUCACCAAAGCCAGUGCUGUUUCAGUGGAUGACUUUGUGCACGGGGAGAUGAAGCACGAGCACAAGGAGAUAAAAAUUCACAGAGGGGAGGAGAGGAGUCUUCGGGUGAGAGAGAUGAUUUGGGAGGCAAAAUCGGUUUUAUUUUUUUAUUUGUUAGUGAACUGGAAUGCCACGUAGGAUGUAUGGUGUAAAACAUUUCAACCGACUGAUGAGCAAAUUUUCUCAUAUAAAUAUAUAUAUUUCCUUAAUUUUAUAACCUAUUUUCGAUCUCUGUUCUUGACCUUUGUGUCCCAUUGUUAAUGUUGAAAAUGAUAUCUAUUAGAUAAAUGAUUUGUACAAAUCCUAAAUAGACAAAUCUCGUAUAAGCGCUCGUAAAAAAGUGAAUCUCACCUUAAAGUGUAAAAAAAAUUAUUAUUUAUUAGUGUGAUCUUUUUUUUAUAAAAAAGUUCGUAUGUAACUUA